AUGGCCAAGAUAUGUCUUCGCGCCGAUGCCCAGCAACAGCAGUCGGCAAACGCCAUAGCUCCUUCCCGGCGCCCUCUCCAAUCAGAAGGCCCACUUGGCCAGUCUGGGACGUUAUCGCAGCAUGCGUGUCAGACGCCGGUCGUUCCUGCCGCCCCCCUUUUUUCUGCCACCUUCCGCCAAUACCCUGCUUCACGUUCCUGCGUCCCUGCCAAUUGGGACCCCAGCCGCUCGAUUGAGUAUGAGGAAGAUACGGAGUACUUUGGCGCUCUGCAGCCUGAGACGUGCAUGUAUCUUUAUUUUGGGAUCCGCUUCCUUGUCGCAACACAGACUGCAGCUGCUCGCCGAUCAAACGUCCUUACCGCAGCCCCCUGCUCGUCCUCGUCCGACUCGUCUGGCUCGUUCGACUUGCGCCUGGAAAAAGACGGAUGUCGCAUCUUCAGCCAGCGGGCAACCUCCAGCGCCUGCGAAGGCUUCGGCCUCGUCGCUGCGGACCAGGCCACCCCCCCUGUCUUGCCCUCCCACCUGCAUCUUACAAAGGUUCAUUAUGUCGCCCACUGCAGUCUAGCAAAGGACCAGCAUCAUCUACGCUCUCUUGACGUCGCCUUCGUGUCGCUCGUUCUCGUCACUUUCCACCCUCCUUUGGUACUGGGUCUCUCGUUCAGGACCUGCGUAUUCUCUGCAAAUUUCGGCACCAUGGGUUUCAUGAGCCACCGCCAGAAGAAUGUCGAGCUUCGGCCAGAGCAGAAAUGGGACUACAUUACCUUGAACGACUUCAAGUCAACGUCCUGCUUGACACCUUUGGCCUACGGCUAUCUCUACCUGUCUCUUCUCCUGUCCACUGCCGUCUAUGCCGUCGAUACAUUUACUGCCGUCAACCUGCUGGUCUUUAACAAAUGGUCCUCUGAGAUCAGCCCGGCAAUCUCUUUCACGGCCGCCAAGUGGAUCUUCUCCGUCUGCAUCAUAUUGUCCUUUCUCAAUCUAGCCUACGAGCAUAUCCGUGCCCAGCUUGUCAUGAGACGCGGCAGCGUCACCGAAUGCUACCUGGACAAUCUGGCCGUCCGCCUCGAGAGCAUUCGAUGGGGCAAGGGCCAAGGGUGGAAGCGCUUUCUGGUCAUCGCCGCGUUGACCAAAAGUAAGAAGGGUUCCGAAUACAUCGCCCUCUUCACUUAUUUCAGCUUUCAAUCCUGGAUUCGCAUCCUGCUGUGCUCUGGUCCCCGCCAAGUCGUCAACGCCCUUACCUUGUACUCCGUCUACAACGCAAAGCUCUUCGUCACAGGUGACAAUGUGGCAAACACUUUGAAGAACUUCUUCGAGAAGAUUCGCGAGCUGGCCGAGGAGAACUCGCAGCAGGCCCUUAUCCUCUCUUCCAUGCUCUUCACCCUAAUCAUUUGGAUCUUCUCCUUCCUCUCUCUGCUCAUCGCUUUUCUUUUCUUCGCCUUUUACCUUUGGAGCUACAUCCCUAAGUCGGAUGGUAGCCUGUCCGCCUACUGUUCGCGGAAGAUCAACAAGCGUCUCAUGCAGAUCGUUUCUGUCAAGGUCAACGCUGCUCUUGCCGAAGAGGAGCGUCGCCGGAAGAAGGCCGGGUUCAAGGCUGCAAAGAAGGCUGGCGAGCUACCACCGGCUGAACAGAAAGCCACGAUUCCGAAUGUUGGCUUUAACUCUCCGCCGAGCCUGCCCAAGAUGGAGCGCACCGACACCAUGGCCACACUGCCCCCGUACACUUCCCAGCCAGCCACACCAGGUGGCUAUGGGCUGGGCGCCAUUGACCAGAAACGGCCCAUGCCUUCUAGGUCCGGCACGCUGCCAUCAAGCGUGCCGCCAGGCAACGGCAACUUCUCCACUCGCGCGUCUCUAUUGAGAUUUGCCGCCGAACCGGGCAUGGGCAACGUCCGGUCUGCCUCGCCGGCUCCUUCGAUCCCCAAUCUGACAGGGAUGCGCGACAGCGAACUCAACAACGGGUACCCUCGUCCGCCAAUGCGCUCGGCAACUGAGGCUCCCAACUUCUCCUACCGAGGUGGCUCAGCAACACCACCCAGGCAACUGAACCGUACGAACACUGCCGGCUCAAUGGCACCUGCUUCAAACGGCAGCUUCUCAAACAUGCCGCAGCGUGUUCAAUCCCCUGCGCCUUACGCCAGCCGACAGCAGCAGUACAACAACGGGCCAAGCAUACCGAACCACAGGUCCAACGGGUCCAACGGGUCCAACUCCAGCAACCGCUUUGCCGCCUACCAGGAUGAGACAGGCCGGUCAAGCCCAGCUCCUUCAGUGCGUGCAUACGGGCCUGGCGGAGGCUUCAACGCACCCAGCCAGUAUAACACCAACUUUUCCGCUUCGCCACAAGGCAUGCCGGCACGGAUGCGGAGCGCCACCAACCCUGUGCAGCGACGGGUCUCUCAGAGUGGCACUGGGUUUGGACAGGUGCCGUUCAAGCAGUCGUUUGCCCCUCAGCGAAACAUGACAGCUCCUUUGCCGUCGUAUGAACACCAACGCCAGGACUCGAAUGAGAGCUACGCAUCGUAUUUCGAGUCGCCAGCUGCGGCUCCUGUCCAGUGGUCGUUUGCACCGCAGCGGGGCAUGACGGCACCGGUGCCGUCGUACGCACACCUGCGCCAGGACUCAAAUGAGAGCUACGCAUCGUAUUUCGAGUCGCCAGCUGCGGCUCCUGUCCAGCGGUCGUUUGCACCGCAGCGGGGCAUGACGGCACCGGUGCCGUCGUACGCACACCUGCGCCAGGACUCAAAUGAAAGCUACGCUUCGUAUUUCGAGUUGCCAGCUCCAGCUCCAACCCAGCAGCCAUCGCAAUCUCGGCCUGCGUAUGGAAACAACAGCUGGAACACGGACGUUGAAUCGCAGAAUGGGCCGGGCCGUUACUGA